AUGGAGAAAUUUUUGAUCUGUUUUAUAUUGGGAUUGCUGUGUUUGAAAUAUAAUAGUUAUGCACAAUCUGUCCAAUAUUCUGCAAUAAAUUGUAGGAAGCAUAGUGCAGUUUUGACAGAUUUUGGUGGUAAAGGAGAUGGGAAAACCUUAAAUACCGCAGCUUUUAAAGCCGCCAUUGCCAAUCUGAGCAAGGUGGCGGCAGACGGUGGUGCGCAGCUUAUCGUUCCACCCGGGAAAUGGCUAACGGGAUCGUUCAAUCUCAUUAGCCAAUUCACACUCUACAUACACAAGGAGGCUGUUAUUCUUGGAUCACAGGAUGAAACAGACUAUCCGCUAAUUGAUCCAUUGCCAUCUUACGGAAGAGGAAGAGAUGUAGUCGGGAAAAGAUUUGCCAGUCUCAUUUCUGGAACGAACCUGACAGAUGUCGUUAUUACAGGAGGCAAUGGAACAAUUGACGGGCAGGGUGAUAUCUGGUGGAAAAAAUUCAAAGCCAAUAAGCUUAAUAAUACAAGGCCUUACCUCAUAGAAAUCAUGAAUUCAAAUCAGGUCCAGAUAUCCAAUCUAACCAUGUUAAACUCGCCAUCAUGGCACGUCCAUCCUGUUUACUGUAAGAAUGUCAUAGUCGAUGGGCUGACGAUUAUUGCUCCGGUCGAUGUUCCAAACACAGACGGGAUUAAUCCAGAUUCUUGCACCAAUACUCGUAUACGAGAUUGCUAUAUAGUUUCGGGUGACGACUGUAUUGCAGUGAAAAGCGGCUGGGACGAAUAUGGAAUAAGAUUCGGAAUGCCAACACAACAUCUUAGUAUCAAAAGGUUAACUUGUAUUUCACCAGACAGUGCUGUCAUUGCUCUUGGCAGUGAAAUGUCUGGUGGAAUCCAAGAUGUUCGAGCAGAGGAUAUAACUGCCAUAAACUCGCAGUCCGGGGUUCGAAUCAAGACAGCCCCCGGACGAGGAGCAUACGUGAAAGACAUAUAUGUCAAGAAUUUUAAAAUGUAUACCAUGAAAUAUGCUUUCUGGAUGGCAGGUAAUUAUAAUUCACACCCUGAUUUGGGUUUUGAUCCAAAAGCACUUCCUGUUAUUCAGAAUAUAAACUACAGAGACAUGGUUGGAAAGAAUGUUAGCAUAGCCGGGAAUCUCGCGGGAAUACAGGGCGAUCCCUUUACUGGGAUUUGUAUUUCUAAUGUGACCAUCAAUCUGGCUUCGAAAUCAAUGGAUCCUUCUAAGAAAUCGAAAGUACAGCCAUGGAACUGCACUGACAUUGCAGGAACUUCGAGUCGAGUUAGCCCACAGCCCUGUGAUCUGUUGGCCGAAAAACAACCAGGAAAAAGUGUAGAUUGUGCUUUCCCUGUCGAUACACUGCCUAUUGACAAUGUUGAGUUGAAAACUUGUAACGUUAACGUAUAA